AUGAUGGGGUCCGUUCGAAAUAAUGAGGAUAACUCCCUGUAUUUCUCUGCUGUUCAAGACAAGAUGUAUGAUUAUUACAAAGAAGGAAAGUUGGUGGAUGUUACGUGGAGAGUCGGUUCCAAGGAGGAAGAAGUGAACGCACAUUCUUCAGUUUGCGCCUUGUCUUAUCGUCUAAAAGAACUUCUUUUAGCACACCGUGGUGAUGGAAGUAAACGCAUCAUUCGAAUCCCUUCAAGUCUGACUAACUCAGCAGACGAACUGAAAUCACUGCUCUUUCUGGCAUACACGGGAAUGUUGGAAGAAAAUCGGUCAAUAGCCGAGUAUAUCGAACUGUGUGAAAGGUUUGAUAUGCCUAUAGGAUAUGCUGUGUGUUCUGGUGCUUUACGUGUACUUUUCAUGAGAACUCUUCUUCAGCCAAGUGUCAAUGUAGAAGAGCAGAAAACUCUCCAACGUAUUUUUGUUGAUGUCUUCGAGAAAACGACCUCCAUGGAAGUUCGCCAGACUAUGUUGGAUAUGUUUAGAAUGCAUCCCUUAAUCUUUAACAAGCUACGGGGCUCCAAGGUUUCUUGCGAAAAACAUCCACCCAAUGAAUGGAAGGUGUGUGCCAUAACUGGCCAUGUAAGUCGUUCCUGGGAUAACAAACAGGUUCUGGCAGGACUUGAUAUAACUUAUGAAAAUCUGAUUACUGGAUUGAAGGAAGAGGUACUGUGGGGAUAUGAAAAUGAGGAACUUUACACAAAAAAAACAAUUCAAGUUCCGGACGAUGACAUUAUCACUGGCGUGAUAAUCAAUAGUGGAUGGUUGAUCGAUAAAUUGGUGUUUACCACACUCCGAGGAAUGCAUCUGGAUGCUUUGGGUGGUUCUGACGGUGGAAAUGUAACAGUAAUUGAACCAUCCAACUUUUGGGGCAACAACGAAGACGGCAGCCCACUGGUUGCCUUCCAUGGUAUAAGUUACAUCAAUAUCAAAUCACGUGGACAAACUUUUAUAAACAGGGUCAAAUUUCGAUUCUCUUGUGUGGACAGAGAAGUUGUUCUCAGAUUAAAUGAGAACGAAAAGGAAUUUGCAAAUGAGUUUGUUAUUUAA